GCCUAGUGUGGUGCUGUGCGCUGUCCUGUGUUCGUCUCAGCUGUAAAUAUUUCUCGUCUGUGUAUUCGUCUUCUUUGUGUUCGUCGUUGUUUUCUACUGAGGCUUGCUGAUUGUGCGUUCUCCACACCAUAUCGCUAUCAAAAGAAGACGACUACAAAAGAGAAAUCCGUAGCAAUUUCCUAUAAAUCCCGAUCCAUCAUUCAUAAAAUUGUGGAAAAAUCUCAGAUUAAUCAACAUAUUACUUUUCUAUGAAUCCCAUUGCAUUUGUCAAUAUUAUGGUGUGAAAAAGCGGACUUGAUCGCAAAAUCAGUAACAGAAAGCAGAUCAGGCAUUGAAUGGAUCGCAUUGGAAGACAUCACCUCACGCAUCAAACAAAUCUCAAAAAGGAAAACAACAGGCAGCUAUAGGCAGAGCAAAUAUUAUGAAAUUCUCGGAGAAAUUCCAGACAUAAAAAAUAUUGCUAAAUGGACAAGAAAUAGAAGAGAAGACAUCAUUUGCGCUAGAAUUUCUACCAAAACACUCAUUACACCUGGCCUUCUACAUUUUUUUAACCUGUCGAAUCAACCAAAUUGCGUAACUUGCCACUCUUUGAAUGAUUUCUAUCAUAUCUUACUGCAUUGCCGAAAAUACGCAUGCACCAGACGUAGGCUCUGGUCGAAGUUGGGACUCAACUCUCUUUCAACCAGUAAUUUUAAACAACUCAUGAGCAAAGCAUUUGCAGAUAAACGGCCUCCAUCUUUUCCUUCAACACUUGAAAUUCUUUGACGUUUAUAACUGGAGAUAUUGUUGAACGCUGUGAUGACAGCCUUUGUUGCUAAAAAUCCCUUAACCCCUCAAGCAAACAAACAAACAAAGUUGUCGACCAUUUACAGAAUCGGAGCAAAAAUGAAAUCAGAAAAAUGUGUAUGAAAGUAAUUGAAGUAAGAUGUGAUUGGAAGGAAUUUUUAUGAGCUUGCUAAUAGCAUGUACCAGGCAACACAGCAGAAAAAUAUAGGAGGUUAAAAAAAAAAAAUUCUAUGAACAUCACUAGUUUCAGAAAAGUUCCUAAGAAAGUUAAUUCCAGAAAAAGAAAGCUGCUUUUGAAAAAUACAAAAGAACUACUUUUAAGUUAACAGCAUUUGGAGCGUUAACUUAAGAUUUUGUUCGUGGCUAGUCUUAGUUGCGAACGAACAAAUUUCAAAUAUCAGUGUUUCAACGACGAUUUUGCAAUUGAUGGCAAUGGCAAAUUCAAUUGAUAGCCAACUCAAAAGUCUUUGCAGGCUGUCCCUCGAAGAUAUUUCUAUAAGAAGAGUGGCUGUCCUUUUGUGUAGUGACCCUAUCAAAUUUAUGUCCCCUAUUAGUGCAGUAAAUGUAUGUGGUGGGAAAAAAGCAUCAAGAGUUGAAGUAUUCAAAAGGACUAUAACCGAACUCUGUUUACCUGAAUCGAUGACGGAUAAUUUAGUUAAUAUAAUGAAUUUUGUUUUCCUAGAAACACAUAAAUGGUUGAAGUUCCACGAAGAAUUUUUAAAAUCGAAGCAUUCAAGAUUUAAAUAUCCACAAUAUCUAAAACACAUGCAUUGGACACAUAUGGGAACUGUAAAUUAUCGGAAAACAGCUGAGGCAAUGAUCCGCGAUGAAAACUUGGACAUCGAUCAGCGAUUUAGGUUUGCUUGUCUGUAUUGCCUUGAUGAGGAUAUUCAAGACCUUUGGCAAAAAUUGUCCCCUGCGAGUAAAAAGAACUUUUAUAACAAUGGACAACCUUGUAGAUGUGGUCUACCUGGAGAAAUCAUUGUUUUUUGGACUUGCAUCCUAAAAGGACGAGUAGAUAAGUUAGAUAACUUUCUCGUUCGAGCGGAAAGACGCCACUCUUCUUUCUAUCAAUAUGCUUUUGAAUCUUUUGCAGGUAAAGGUUAUAAAACAGCAACUCAAUAUUUUUUUGAAAAGUUAACUUGCGAGGAAAAAGACGCAUCAUUGGUGAGAACGGCCAAAUCUGUAGCAGCAAGCGAUAGUUCCACCUGUCAAGCAUACACCGACGUUUUCUGUUAUUUGUUGUCCCUGAUGAAUGCGGAACAAUUUCAGAACGUUCUCGAAAGUUCAUCCUAUGCGAUCCUUAGAAGCUUUCUGGAUUGGCCAAAGCAAGAUGCUUUUUCCGAAGUUGCGAAGCUUGCAUUGCCUUACCUAAAAGAAGACGAUUACGAACAGCUGCAUUUUUUUCUGUCACGAAAAUUUAAGUACGUAUAUAAUUAUCCGAAACUUUUCCGGGAUCUUUUCCUGAUAACUCCUAAAGAUUUCAGACAUUCCACAUAUUAUUUAAAAGAUUUUUUUAGAAGGAAAGAUACUGAAAUUAUCAAAUUUAUGUUUAGAAAUAUGGACCCUGAGGAAAUAUUGGAACUUGUCUUGAGUGGUAUAACACUGCACUGUUGUUACGAACUAGUGAAAGAAGGCAAGUGGGAUUUUUUGGAAUUUUUUAUGCGCGAAUCCAGGUUGUCCAAAGAAGACAGAGAGAGGUUCGCGGAAGCAUUCAAUUCAAAUUUUGCAUCACUAUUGGAGCUGGAAAUACGCGAACGUCUCACUAAGGUGGUGAACGAUAUUCCUGCCGGUACUUCUAACCGAGACUUCUCAAAUUGCAAUAAAGUAAAUCAGAUAGAUCCAAUGGAUUUUCAACUAAAUGGACAACCUGAUGAAGAACUAAUAGAAAGGCCAGCCAAGAAAAUUAAAAAGAUUUAGGAUACAUAUAAUAAUAACUGGCAAGGAAAUUAUGUUAUGUUCUUACAACAAAUUAUCAAGAAUUAGAAUCAGUAAGCAUCAUUUCAAUUUUCUGAGAGGUAAUUUAAAGAUUCGAUUUAAAAACAGUUCGUUUAUUAAUUUUCUUUGUUCGGUAUUUUCUUACAUUCUAAAUUGCAUGUUUAUUGUAUGAUAUCGCAAAGCAAAACUGCACUGAAAUAAAAAUGUUUUACUGUAUUUUUUAUUUACUUAAAAUUUUUUUUUUCCCUUUGAAAAUUGCAAAUUCUAAGAUGGCAAUUGUUUAAAAAUAUUCCACCUUUAAGAAAAUAAAAGAAUCUUAUCAUUAAAAAAUGUUUUGUACCACAAAUUAUUUGGAUUUAAGGAAUAAAUUGAUUUUAAAAAUUUCUUUUUGUUGUUGUUGUUGCAGUUUUGAAAUUUUUUCCAAACUGCACAACGUACAAACUGCAACAACUGCACAGUAUAAUAAAAAUGUUUUGCGAUAGUUUGCUCUUUAGGGAACAUUUUUUUUUCUUUCAAAAUUGUGCUUCCAAAAUGGCAAUUUAAAAAAAUUCCAGCGUUAAGGAAACAAAAGAAUUCUAUCAUUAAAAUAUGUUUUGUGCCACAAAUUAUUUAGAUUUAAGGAAUUAAUUGACUUUACAAAUUUCAUAUUUGUUUGUUGCAGUUUUGAAUUUCUCUUCAAAAAUGUCUCAUUUAAUUAGAGGGUCCGGAACACAUUAAAAAAUUUGUAAUUAUUAAUUUAAAUUUGGAAAUUUUUUGUACUGAUUAAUCAAUUAACAAAUAAACAAAAUUACAACAUAGAAAUGUUAAAUGUUUUUUAAUUUAUUUAUUUUAAAGGAAGAAAAAAAGGGGGGAGGGAUUUUAAGUCACUAAAACGCAAAAUAUUCUUGAUAUAGGAUUUAGUCGAAUAAUAUUUGAAAUAAAUUUUAAUUAACCAAUACUAUAAAACAAUUACAACUAGAAAGUAAACUUUGGGUUUUCGCAUACACUAAAGAGAAGCACACACCGACUGAAGAAAUCUUGAAAAGUUCAUUUUAUAUGUUGAGAGGGGGUUGCCAGCCAAUGUCCGCCAAAGGCAGAGUUCUGUUAUUCUAUUUGGCGACACAUUGCAGUUCUGGCGAUUGGAAAGAAUUAUCGCUGCAAACUUCUCCUUUGGUUUAGUGUCGUCCCGACAAGGAGCCAGCAAGUGAAGUUUAUAAAAAUCAGUUAUUUUGGGAUAGACCUCUUCUACGUAGAGGCUGUACAGUAGGGUGGAACGAAAAAAAAAAUCCAUCUUGAAGUGCCGCAAUAACUUCUUAAGGAAUUUUGCGUGCUUCGAUUAUGAAAUAAAACUAUAAAAACAGUUUUAGUAUUGCACUGGCAUGGCAAUGAGUUGUCGUCGGAGCGGUUGUUAUUGCGGUAGGACGGAGAUUUGUCUGCUUCUGGUGACAAGGACAGGCCUGGUUUCAAAUCAUUAGCUUUGCCGAAUUCACUUGAGUUGGCCUCUUUACUCCGUCUAUUGUGUAACUAAUUAACGAAACUGAUUUGUAAGUUUGUGUGCUUUGCUGUGAGUAUGAAUGGCUCAGUCUAAAUGAGUGAGGACAAAACAAAUAUCGGAGUGUUUUAUUUUUGAGAAAUUUACUGAUUUGCUUGAAGAUAAAUUCACUACUUGCGAAUCUAGUGCUACUGCUAUAUUAGACAUAAACUCAAAAUUGCUUCAAAGAAGGAUCCUUCUGUAAGCGAAGUAUGUGACACUUUAGUUCCCGUAAUAGAACAAAUAUGGUUCUAUUUCCGUUGCUUUUAGCAAAAGAAUUUCACGAAUGAUAAAAGUUAUCAUGUUAAAUGCAGGAAUUUAUUAAAGUCUGAAAGCAGAAAAAGUUCAGAUAAGUUUGAUUCCAAACUCACAGAAUUUAGAGAAGAAGCUUGACGUUUAUUUGGUAUUACUGACUUGCAUAAACGAAAAAAAAGUGCCAGUUAUGGAAUAAAAGGUUCUAAACGAUCAACGCUCUAACCGGGAAAUGGUUAUAAGUAAUAUUGAUAUUGCUACCACAAAUGCUUUGAGGAAGAAAGAAGCAAGAAAGAGUAAAGAGCUACACAGAAUAGUUUAAUAAAAAACGGACAAAAAAUACUAGUGCAUCAGAACGAUGACUGGCGACAAUGACAACGCUGAUGAAUAACAGGGUUCUUUACAAAAAGAGGCAAACUAACCAGAUCCAUUAAAUAGAUAAGAAGAGUAAAACUGCUAGUUUUAUCUCUUAAUGCUUUGAGGAAGAAAGAAGCAAGAAAAUUAAAAAAAAUUUUCAUGUACUUAUUUGAAGAACGUUAUAGACCAGAUUAUUCAAAGAAAUGGGUACUUUGCUGCUUCAGAUAAUAUCCUUUUGUCCAUGCUAAGUGAUGAACGUAAAAUUCAAAGAGAAUUUGAUUUACGACGUGUUUUAAAAGCAAGAACAGAAAAUAAAGACAGAGUCAGGAAGUUUAACGUUCCAAAGACAAACUUCGAUGCAAAAGAUUACAUCAACAUGAUCUCAUGGCUUGAAAAUGACGUAACUGAACCCCCCCCCCCCCGCUCAAAUAUGUUUCCAGUGACUUUCUCAAAGACUAUGCAGAAGGCAUCUGAAGCUGAACCAAAUAGUAUAGGGGGCUCGGUUAUCGACUUUCCCCGGCUUCCUUGUCACAUGCAAGCAGUGGAAAGAGCUGUGAAAAUGGUGGCCGAAUCGGCUCAAAAUGUCCGUGGUUCAAUCGCAAGAGAAAGAUACAUAAGAGCAAAAAAUGACUGGCGUGUGAAUAUGUUAAAAUUUAAUUACAAAAAAAACAAAAACAGUUUAACGUGGCAAUGAAGUAGAAGCAAACAUUUUGCAACUGUAACAUUUGUAAUCAUUAAGGUUACAGAAGUAAGAAACGCAAAAUUGGACUUAAAAAUAUUUUAUUAUUAUUAUUAUACCUUGUAAUUAAUAAUUUUUCCAAUGGAAUGCUUAUAUAUGUA